AUUCAUCAAGCCGGCCCUAGAAUGGUUAAACCCUAGUAGAGAGAAAGGAAGAGAAGGGGGCGGAGAAGCACGUACGUCGUACAUCGCCCACCGCCCUUUGCCUCGCCUCGCCUCGCCUCGCCUGCAUAUCUAACAGCCGGAGCCGGAGCCGGAGCCGGCGCCGACAAUCGUUCCAACUGAUAUGGCUACGACGCCGCCAGGAUUCACGGGCAACCUGAAGAAAGCACUUGCAGGUCUGAGAAGAAUCAGUUUAGAUGGGUUGCGAUGGCGCGUAUUUGAUGCUAAGGGUCAGGUGCUCGGGCGAUUGGCUUCCCAAAUAGCUGUUGUGCUUCAAGGCAAGGAUAAACCUACCUAUGCACCACAUGUAGAAAAUGGAGACAUGUGCAUUGUACUUAAUGCAAAGGAUAUCAGUGUUACAGGAAGGAAAAUGACAGAUAAGAUUUACUAUUGGCAUACAGGGUAUGUUGGCCAUUUGAAGGAAAGGAGGCUCAAGGACCAGAUGGAGAAAGACCCAACUGAAGUGAUUCGCAAAGCUGUGCUGCGCAUGCUUCCCCGCAACAAACUGCGUGAUGAUAGGGAUCGCAAGCUGAGGAUAUUUUCUGGAAACGAACAUCCAUUCCAUGACCGCCCUCUGGAACCUUUUGUGAUGCCGCCACGGCAAGUACGCGAGAUGCGCCCCCGUGCAAGGCGUGCAAUGAUAAGGGCUCAGAAAAAACAGCAGGCAAACAGAGCCAAAGAGGAGGAAGAUGCUAAGAAUGCCGCAGCGGAGGUCACUGCAUAGGCUCCUGAUGUGGAUUUGCAUGCUGCCAAUUUUUUUGCUUGGUAGCAUUUCGAGUGGAAUAGGCACUAAAAGCUGGGAAUGUGCCAACUUCGUUCUGAAUUUAUUUUGUAUUCUAUUACAAUUUGUAACUGGAACCCUGCCUGUCACAGCUGCUUGAAGGUUAGAAAGUUGAAAUAUCACUUUUGCAUCAUAUUAAGUAAGCUGAAA